AUGACAAUCAGAGUAUUAGCACUUUGUGGAUUCACUCAAAACUCAUACAUAUAUUCGAAACAGCUCGGAGCAGUCCGAAAGACUUGUAAAGAUGUUGAAUUUGUAUUCUUGGAACCACCAAUCGUAGUCGAAAAGGCGGACCUGCCAUGGGCCGAUAACAACCUCGACCAGUUUGGUUCUAACGCUACUACCGACGAAGCUGCUCAGACACCCGAGACAACUCCUAGAGCAUGGUGGACUACGGUAAAUGAGCUAAAAACAUAUAGAAAAUUCGACGAGACUGUAGCUUAUUUACAUGAUUAUCUGUCGAAGAAUGAACCUUUCGAUGGUAUAAUGGGCUUCUCCCAGGGUGCAGGUAUGGCAGCGUUAUUAUCUGCAUUACUCGAAAAGCCAGGUCUUCAUCCGAAUUUUCCUUCUGAGCCACCUCUACCCAAAUUCAAAUUCGCGAUAUUCGUUGGAGGUUUCUUGCCUAAAGCAGAAUCACACGACUUCACACCUUAUUUCCCUCUACCAGCUUCCCUACCUACGUUACAUGUUUGUGGUCGGAACGAUACGUUGAUAACGAUAGAGAGGAGUCAGACGUUGGUUGAUAAAUGUGAAAAUUCAAGGGUAGAGAUACAUGAGGGAGGCCAUUACACACCUUCUAAAGCAUCUUGGAGGCAUUUCUUCAACGCAUAUAUAAAUUCGUUUGGUCCUGAUGGAUCUAAUGGAGACGUACCUCCUGUAAACUCUUUCGGACCAUCUGGAGCGAACACACCUGUAAAUUUGAAAGGCGGAGAAGCCACACCCAGACCGUCCACGCCUGCAUCUUAG